AAGAAAAAGACUAGAAAAAUGGGCAAUUUUCUUAGGAGAAGCAGCGCAGUGCACCCGGUUCUCGGCGGCGACGGAGUACGAAGAGAAAACGUGGAGACGGGAGAGAAGAAUGGUCGUUUAAGGAUAAAAGUGAGGAUGAGAAGAGAUAAACUUGAAGAGCUUUUGUAUUUGGCGCGUCGUGGUGAUCAGUCUGACGGUGACGGUGGUAAUAUUGGUAUCUUGAUUCUUAAAGAAUGUAUGGAAGGUCGCUUACCGGCGAGGGUUCUUAGCUCCGAUGAAUAUGUUUCGCCUCAACCGUGUGGAACCUACUUGGUAUCGAGAAGAUUGAGUUCCAUCAAAGAGGAAUAAUUGAAUGAGUAUGUGCUUGUAGAAUAUGUACUGUCGUCUUGAUUGCCCUUUUUACACAAAAAAAAUAAAAAGUGUCUUGAUUCUUGAAUAUAAACAUAAGCCUAAAGUACUUAGAAUUUUAGAUAAACGACACUUAAUAACGUUUUUGAGAUUCUUGUUAUAUAUGUUAGGCUAAAAAGGAAUAAGAGAGACCAUGUUGUGUCGCAUU